UUCUGAAGGCUCUUGUGCAUCUUUUAAAUGACAAAAUGUUGGUUUAGAACAUUUUUGAACAAAGACUUCUUAAAUGGCCAACGAGACAGGGGAAACACAGACAGUCACACAUCUAAUAUCGUCUUUGAAGUGAAGUGAAGUGAAACUGCUGGCCUGCCGUUUUUUCCAACUCAUUCUCUAUAAAUGCAGGCUUCAUUUAUAUCGACAUUCUCCUGCCUCUGUAUUGUCAUCGAAACACCUUCAGUUACAGAUAUACGUUCACUUCUGAGGGAAAAAAAGAUCCAAGCCUCCAGCCUUGACUACAGCAUUGUGAAGAGCAAGGAGGAGAAAGAAGUAGGAGGAUGCCACGGACCGAGGGGGAGCAGCAGGGCAGUGCAGACUCCAGCAGGGGACGCAAGCAGCAGCAGGAAGAGGAGGAAGAUCAGGUGGAGCAUGCUGGGAAUUUUUGUUGGCAGGAAGGGUGCGGAUCCUCUCAGCUUCCAGCCCAGACUGAUACCACCCAGGUGUCUUUCCCUUUCCUUCUUGGACCCAGAGGAUCGUUUAUCAGCACAUCCCAACUCCAGGUGAUUCUUCUGCAACAGUGCGGAACCAAAGAGAUGAACAAACAGUUGAGCCAGCACAGACCAUCUGUCCUCCGCCGAGCGACACAGACCCAGAUCCAGGAUCUGAGCUCAAGCCCUGCCUCUGACCCCGCCUCCAUGGCAGCGUGUAAGGUAGAGUUUGGUGGGUGCAUAAGAGGGACCUCACCCCAGGCAGCCAGCCUCACCUCCCAGGACACAGGCCACACCCCAUGGCCCAGGAGCUCUGGCCUGAAGCAGGGCUCCUCCCACUCUGGGCAGAGUGACAGCCCAGCUGCCCCACCUGCAGAGGGCAGCACUGUGCUGUUUGUGAAGGGGCAGUGCAGGUGGCCGGGCUGUAAGGAAGUUUUCAAGGAAUACCCCAGUUUCCUACAACACCUGUGUGUAGAGCACAGGCUCAGUGACCACAGCGCCUCCCAGUGGCGGAUGCAGAGAGACAUGGUGCAGCACCUGGAGAAUCAGCUCACUGUGGAGAAACAGAGACUCCUGGCCAUGCAACUCCAUCUGCACCUGCCUGAGCCCAGAUCUAUCUACUCUCUCUCUGGUACUCAGAAGGAGGGGCGGGACAGGGAGGAAAGUUUGCGGGCGCGACCUCCUCUGUCCCGUGUCAAGGACCACACACCCCCCCACAGGACCCACGGCAAGGAGGGUGAGCCACUCCCACAGGGGUACUGGCACAUCCCUGUCCACCACACCCUCCCAGGAUUCAUCCCCAGCAUUGACUGUUACAAGUACAACAACAUCAGACCACCAUACACCUACGCUGAUCUGAUCAGAUGGGCGAUUCUGGAGUCCCCAGAUAAGCAGCUGACCCUAAGUGAGAUCUAUCACUGGUUCACCAAAAUGUUCUUCUACUUUCGGCACAACACAGCCACCUGGAAGAAUGCUGUGCGGCAUAAUCUGAGCCUGCACAAGUGCUUUGUGCGCGUGGAGGGGGCAAAGGGUGCCGUGUGGACUGUGAACGAGGCCGAGUUCCAAAAGAGGAAGGGACAGAAGUUUACCAGGGAACGAGACACGAUGUGGUUCACUCCUUCUUCCUUCCUGUGCCCCCAAGAGUGCAGAAUGUCUGGUCCAACUGGAAGUCCUGGAGCUGAGCAGCACAGAGCCCACUCACAGGGUGCUGGUGUACAAUAACAUGGCAGCGCCACAGAUUUUAUAACACCCGCCAGAUACUCCACUCCUUGAUCUUAACACCCAUCCACCCAUUAUCUAACCGGUUUAUUCCUGGCCAGGGUGGGAGAGGGUGGUGGAGAUUACCCCAUCAUGCAUUUGGUGAAAGGGAGGAAUAACCCCUGGACAGUUCACCAAUCCAUUGCCGGGCACAGGCAGCAUUCACUCAUACACUCAUACCUAUGGGCAGUUUAGCCUAUCUAAUUAGCCUAACCUGCAUGUCUUUGGAUUGUGGGAGGAAGCGAGGUAUAAAGUUCUAUACCCCUGUAUUUGAAGCUGCAACAUAAUAAUUUGAUACAGACUUAAGAAUAUUCAUAGAGGGUGUGACCAAGUAUAGUACAGUAGCAUUGGAUUUUCUAUACUGUAAUUAGGGUCCAAAAUUUACAUUUUUAUAUCUGUCAAAGAAAUCCAAGAAUUUAUCUGGAGCCAUUUUGAAUUUUAGAAAACAUGAGAAGGUGCAGCUAUAAUUUAAAAUGUAUAAAGAUCGGUGUGAAAAUAAGUUUAUUCUGAAUAAUGUAACUUUGUUUGCAUGACAAUGCCAUGUGAGU